AUGGUAAGCACGACUAAAUCAACCGUCGUCCAGGUAUUUCCAACUGGCCGAUCGGUCAAAUUUACGUGCUAGAUGGUUUUGGGAGACGAUGAAUCUUUGCAAUGACUUGUGACCGAACAAACCAUUGCUGUCGACGACUCCGAACAUUUUCAUAUUUUCUUUAACUUGGAGACCUGGUCUAGAACCUUUUGGGAUCAGCGGAUGAGCCGCUGAUCCAAGUUGGGGAGCUUCACUUAUUGAUAUAAUUAAUAUACGUUUACAUCUAUCCAUAGCAAUACUACAAUGAUUUUAUUUCUCUGAUCUGCUACAAAAUAUAGCUGUUGGAGGGAGGGAGUUAGGUCAACUAAAACUUGCUUCGGUAGCAACCCAAAACGGUUUCUCCUGAACCGCCGAUAACCAAACGAUAAGGAGCCUCAAAACGAGUACGUACCAUACCUUGGAUACGUUGCCGUUUUUGUAAAUACGAGCUUCGCCGGCAACAUUUACAUGUGAAUAGGGCAGUUUCAUAUUUCUUCAUUUAUUGACCUUUCACUCGCUUUACCUAUGAUAAUUUGCCACCGCCAGAGUACCAACCGACACCACAGAGCUAUGUUGUCAAGCCCGCUGCUCCAGAGAUGAGCCGAUAGAUGACGUCCUCCCCCGUCCCCAACGCAAGAAGUGGCACAUUGGCCUCCAGGCAAUGUCUGAACGAUGGAAUCGGGAAUCGCUUUCCAUUGCCAAUCCCGCGCCACAAGAUAAAGAUGCCUUGAGGGCACUAUCGCGAUCACCACAUCCCUAUCAUCGACAUAAUCCCGAACUCCGGCCCGCCAGGCACAACCUGAGCACCCCGGAAAGCUUUGCCGCCGAUGGACCGAUUCUUCAUUCCGAGGAUCUAUACAGACGCAGCACCGACAGCGACAGCGGGACAGAAGCAGACGAUGAGCACUUCCUCCUCGGGUUGCCGGCACCCCGCUCGCGGCCGCGGAAAGGCUUACGAGGCCUCGAGAGAUCGAGCUCAUCAUCACCAAGUCCCGCGUUAUCCAUGGUUGACCUCCAACAAUCCGCGCGGCGACAAGAAUACAUAUCUGAUGUUUUGAACACACUUAAAAAUGAGGAGGAGCGGCGUGCUCGGGAAGCAUGGGAUAAGUUCAGGGCAACAAGGAAGACGGAGGUUCUACGUCGAGUUUUGGAGGUCGCCCUUUUGCUUGGCCUGGGACAAAUAGUAUAUUCCGGAAACGGGAGAGUUACUGCUUCUCUGUGGAAGAAAGAGUUUACGUACCAGGCCGCCACUAUGGGGUCAUUAAUGGUGCUCUACCCUAUUCGACUAUCAUACUAUUUGGCUUGUCAAAACUCCUUCAAGAAAUGGCCGUCACUCCGUAUCCCGGCAACUUUCGACCCAGCUCCGCUUCUCUAUCCCUCCUUGCUCACGAACUUUGUCACCACUCUCCUGUCGUUUUCCAACCAGGGGAUAGUUCUCCCUAAUAUAAUCCUCGGCAUUUCAUCACUUAUGCCCGAGUUACUACCUUCCUUUGCCAAGGGCGAAGAUGUUGCUACAUUACGUUGGUUUUUGUCUUGUAUACCCCUAUUUGCUUGGCAGUCGCAAUCGAAUCUUCUUCAAGAUAAAAGGUUGCUUCCUGAGAGUAAUAUCAGCCCAGAGAUACUUGUUUUGAUAUGUCCUUUACAUCAAGCCACCUGCUCGGUGCUGAGAUAUUUAACGACGACCAGCUUGUUGGAGACUGAGCUUCAACUUCUUUCUAUUUCACUUAUUAAUAUACUGCUGUUGUCAACUUCACCGCAAAUGGUGAUCUUGCAAGCUCUCAUGUGGGGCGGAGGGCUGUCGUUGCUCAUUUCUUGUGGCUUCGCCCUUAGAUGGGUGAUUGCGCUGGAAAGAAUUCCAAGAUGGAGGUUUAAACGGAGUGGAAACGCCCUUGGACGCCCAAUAAAAUCAACGUCAAAGUCGAUUUUAAAGAAGCCUUUGGGAAAGCUGAGCGAAAUCCUACACUUCGAUCGGCCCCUUACGCUGGACAGUGAGGACGAUAUUUCUUCGGCGGUACAGAGAGUCAGGCCAAUGCGAUUGAAGACAAACCUAACGAAAUCCAAUACGGUUCAAUUUGAGAAAGGUUCAAUAUCUGCGGUAUCUGAGGAACCAAAAGAAGAGUUCGCCUCCCGUAUGGAUGGGGCUCUAACCGAUUUGACAAAUCGGGAAAGGAAUCGAAGAAACACGUUCCCAUCGAUUCGUUCACCUAAGCGCCAGAGCGCUCUCACUGCAUCGGGUCGAAAGAGGCGCUCGGCGACCUCUAGCCUCCAAGGCUUCUACAAUCUCACCGUAGCGCAAGCAACUAUUCGCAAGGGGCUCUAUGCUGCCUACGUCUACCUCUGCGUGCUCCUCAUCAUAUUUGCAGGAAUCCGCACGUACGUCGGGAAUGUCGCUUUAUCUGGCGCUGAACCCAUUGGCUGGGCCCUAGCAUACAUGUUCGGAAACUACCCCUGGCUCCGGAUGCAAGUCGUCACCCUAAACCUCGACCAGUGGAUCCCCGUCCCCGAACGCCUCCCAGCUGGCCCGGUAACAUACUUCCACGGCCCCUGGAUCUCCCACCUCCGCUCCAACAUCGGCCUCGCCAACACCCGCCUCCUCAUCUCCGCCUACUGGCUCGCCAUCAUAAUCCUAGGCCUCACAAUCGUCAUCAACCUCUCCUCCACCGUCGAAGUCGACACCCGCAGGAAAGUCUUCCACUUCAUGAUGGUCGCCAUGCUCCUGCCGGCGACCUACAUCGACCCUACGUUCGCCGCCCUGGCGCUCUCCCUCAUCCUCGCUGUCUUCCUCCUCCUCGACCUCUUCCGCGCAACUCAACUACCUCCGCUUAGCAAACCAAUCGCUUACUUCCUUACGCCCUAUGUGGAUGGUAGGGACUUGCGCGGGCCAGUGGUGAUUAGCCACAUCUUUCUCCUAAUCGGGUGCGCGGUGCCUCUCUUGCUCAGCCUCGGCGCCGUCACAAGAGCCGAUGAUGGAUGGGAAGUCCCGACUCGGGACGUGAGUAUGGUAUCCGGCGUGAUCUGCGUCGGGAUGGGUGAUGCAGCCGCAUCGCUUAUCGGCCGGCGAUACGGCCGGCGCAAGUGGCUGUGGCCUGGUGGCAAGAGUUUGGAAGGCAGCUUUGCGUUUGCGGUUGCGGUGACGGUGGCGCUGAUGGCGGCGAAGGUGUGGUUGAGUGUUGGGGGGUGGGAGGAUGGGGGGCGGUGGGGGAUUCGUGGGGGAGGACGUUGGGGAAGGCGGUGCUGGCGGCGGGGAUGGCGAGUACGACUGAGGCGGUGUUGACGGGGGGGAAUGAUAAUGUGGUUGUGCCGGUGGUGUUUUGGUUGUGUGUUAAGGGGUUGAGGAUUUAAGGUCUGCUGCUGGUGCACCGGGGCUAUGGGAGGGUUUGUAGAAAGAGGAUUGAAUAUAAGGCGGUGGAUUGUUGGCGUCUAAGGAUAUAGGAGCUCUUUCACAAGGCUAUGAAUAUACGGAUAUGGGCAGUAGAUAUUAUAUUAAUACCACAUAUUGUAUGAUUACACUUUACAACAUC